UAUUACAUUUUUUGAGUAUUAUGAUGCCUGAGUUCGAUGACUCUAUCGGGGAGCAGUGGCAUCAGGAUUUUCAAGGAUUCAUGCACCAGUCUCGAGAAAAUGGACAAUCUGGGUUGGAAGAUGAGUUUGGUGCCCAGCAGGAGAUUUAUACAAAAUACGCGGAAAACUAUGACAACCUGAUACACUCAGAUUUUGAGCGUUACGUGGGCUUCAAUAUUCUGGCUAACGCUAUCAACGAGAACUUUGCUGACAAGUCUCUCAGAAUCUUAGACUUUGGCUGCGGAACUGGACUACUGGGCCAGGCUCUCCACAACAGAAACUUUAAGAACAUCGACGGCUCCGACUGCAAUUCCGAAUUAUUGAAACCAGCAGCAGAUAAAGGAUGCUUUAAGAAUCUGUACUGCAGUAGAGGAACAACCAACCUCCCAACCGAACGAGUAUACGACAUUAUAUGUUCCUCUGGUACAUUCUUUCUGUCCAGAUCUCAUCCCUGUACUGAGGCAUUUCCUGAUCUACUGAAACUAUUGAAACGUGGAGGUACCCUUAUCAUCCUCACCAAGAAGUCCUAUCUCAAUAAGGAUUACGUUGACUGGAGUAUUGUUAAGGAGAUGUUAAGGAAAAACAUCAUAGAGGAAGUUGAAAGGGUGUACAUUCCUGGGUAUAGGAAAGUGUUUGAAUUUGAGGAGGAUAGGUUGAGUAUGGCAUCCAUCUUACACUAUCGAGUUCUUCAAUAAUUGAAGUUAACUGAUUUGUGUACAUUUAGUUAAAGUCAGAUCUGAAUUGUAACAAUUUUGAUAGUGUAUGUUGUUCAGUAG